UAUACUCUCUUUCCACAUCGAAUCGUCGUCGUCGUCCCCCCUCCCCUCUCUAUCUCUGCGCCUUUUACCCUAAAAAGAGGCAUCGGUUCUCCUCCAUAAGACCCUCUUCUUUGUUCCUCAGUCUCUCUCAGGCCUCUCUGUCAGCGAGCGAGCGAGCGAGAGAGAGAGAGAGAGAGAGAGAGAGAGAGAGAGAGAGACUGGUUUUUUUUGUUUGUUUUUCUCGAUCCUUUUUGCUGCAAAUCUUUAGAUACCGAGAGUGAAUACACACGAACCCACUUUCGGCUUCAUCGUUUUUUCUCCAAAAAAAUCUGGUUUUUCGCUUUUUGGUCGGGAAAAAAGUCGAUUCUUUUUCCGUGGGCGAUCGAAGUUUUCAUCGAUGGCGCCGGGUUUUGACUACGCUGUCGUGUCGAGCCUUCUUUGUACCGAAGACGACAGUGUAUUCGACGAUAAUGAUUGCUACGAGACCACAAGCUUCCUCAGGAAUGAUCGAACCGAUUAUCAUCAUGGCCGGAACUCUUACGGCGGCGCCGGAGUCGUCGUUGCGCCGCCGGAGAGCGAGGAAGGUCUAUCUUCGUUGAUUUCUAAGGAAUCUGAGCAUUUACCGAAAGAUGAUUACAUGAACAGACUUCGAAAUGGCGAUCUUGAUUUGGUUGCUAGAGCCGAAGCCAUUGAUUGGAUUUGCAAGGUUCAUGCCCAUUUUGGCUUUGGACCCCUCUGUUCAUAUUUGUCAAUAAACUACAUGGACAGAUUCUUGUCCUCCUAUGAAUUGCCUAAGGGAAAAGCCUGGAUGAUGCAAUUGUUGGCUGUGGCAUGUUUGUCCCUUGCUGCUAAAAUGGAGGAGACUGAGGUUCCUGUCUCUCUAGAUCUACAGGUGGGUGAGUCCAAGUUUGUGUUUGAGGCAAGAACCAUACAGAGAAUGGAGCUUCUUGUGCUCAGCACACUGAAGUGGAGAAUGCAAGCAGUGACACCAUUUUCGUUCUUGGAUCAUUUCCAUUCCAAGAUCAAUAUCGACCAAUCUCUCCAAAGACUCGCAAUCUUGAGAUCCAUUCAACUCAUAUCGAGCACACUGAAAGGGAUUGACUUAUUGGAGUUCAAGCCUUCUGAGAUUGCAGCCACUGUUGUGAUUUCUUCUGCAGAGGAAAUUCACAAUGCCUUCGACAGUGAAAUGGCACUCUCUGCUCUAUCUCCAUAUGUUUCAAAGGAAAGGGUGUUGAAAUGCAAAGAAUUGAUCCAAGACCAUGGAUUGACGGCUUUUCCGCCACUCCAAUCUGCUCCACAGAGCCCCAACGGAGUUCUUGAAGCCUCUUGCUUGAGCUUCAAAAGCGAUGACUCGUCCCUCCCUCUCGUGAAACGUAGGUUGCCCCGUGAGGUCUCUCUGUUUUGACAAAACCCAAGAAUAUGAGAAACGCGAGGACCGAAGUUUAAACUUUUAAAAUUAGGGGAGAGAAAUGAAAUGUUGAAGAUUUUGCGGGACUCAAUUGCAAAUGACGAAGAUGUAAAGGGUGUGUGGAGAAAAAGCGCACAAGGACGACGUUUUGAUGCUUCGAUUCGGCUUUGUUGUUUAUUUUUUAAUAUAAAAUUAUUUAUAUUAUAUUCAGUGUAAAUAACUUCGAUAUGUUUAUUAUCUAAAUCGGUAAUAAAAUAUGUAUUGCCUGUAA